AUGGAGGACUAUGAAGUGAUUGAGUCGGACGAGAAGUUUUGUACUCACUUUGAGGUUCAUUUGAUCCGACAACUCGAUGGUAGACUUCGGCCACUCGUCGACCAGAGCUUCAAACUUAGGAUAAAAAAUCCACAAAACAUAUACACAGAGGAAACAACUUUAUGGCCAAAUAACCCAAAAUAUUUUGUUGACUAUCGGUUUGAAUUUCCACCCGAACCCACACUUGGCCUAUGGUUUGCUGAGAUCUGGUACGGACCAGAUAAAUACAUACUUCAAAGUUUGGAUGACAUCAGCGGUUUAGUUGCCGUAAACUAUACGUACGGAAAAGCGGUCACCGGAACCGUUGAGUUCAAGUAUGGCGUCAAAGAUCCCAAAGACAAUCGCAUUCAUUAUUUUGGCAGCACUUCAGCCAAACAAUUGCGCAAUGGUUUCGCUGAAUAUACUUUGAGUACUAAUAAAUUACGUCAAACACCGUUCGCGUGGUUCCCGACAGUUGUCGGCCAUAGACUAGUGGUUGAGGUCAGUGUUCACGAGACGGUCACCGAACGUAAGGAACGGACCAUCGAUGACAGUGUGGUGUUUGUCACCACUCCUUAUGUCAUAUCAUUUAAGGACACGUUUACAGACUUUAAGCCAAAUGUCACAACUUUUAUUAAUGCACAAAUUAAUAACGUGUUGGGAGAAGGUGUGCCCAAUUUAGCGGCAAUUCGCACUCAUAUAUUGUGGGCUGACAAAGCGCCACAUGAAUUUGUUUAUAUUGCAAACAAAUCUAUUAAUAGCACGACAUUAUCGGUGGAUGACAUUUACCAUAGUCAAAUUGUGGUCAACGGCGGUACUAUAUCUAAUGUAUUUCAUUUUGUGGUCUUAAAUCGGGGUAAUAUUAUUCACACGCAAAUAAUCUCCGAUAAUAAGCUGCGGAUAGAGAUUACACGAGAGAUGACACCUUAUAUACGGCUUAUGGUCUUAGGCUUUGCAAACGAUGGCAAACAACUGCUUUCAGAUUCAAUUAAAAUCUAUGUCAACGAAGAGAAGUGCGCUUUUGAUGUGCGGUUUGAUAACGAUAUGGUGGACGCGAAACCGGGACAACAGUUAGAUUUGCUGAUAUCUGGAUCUAUUGAUGAUAGUAUAGGAUUGUUAGCCAUCGAUGAAGCCGUUUAUCAUCUCAGAGACAAAGACAAACUGACGAGAAGUAAACUGUAUAACGAAUUGUCAAAAUCAGACACGGGUUGCGGUCCGGGAACGGGUCUGAAUGUGCCGCUCGUGGCCAACAAUAUGGGCCUUAAGAUAAUUAAAGGCGCGAUUAAUGGCAGCCUUAAUGAUAAAUGGGAAGACGUCUGUGUCCAACGGCAAACACAUUACGGCCAACGGAUCAGACGAGCGAUGAGAGGCGGUCACGAAGGACUCCUGGAAUCCAAUGAGAUAUGUUGUAUGUAUGGACAGAAUGCGGGAUUACUCUAUGCUGAAAGUGUUUCCUAUAUGUUAAAUGAUAAUUAUCAAACCGACGAUGACUUUGUUCACGUGGCGUACGAACAGGACUUGGAGGACAGAGUUAUGAUUAGGUCAAACUUUAGGCAAACCUGGCUGUUUGACAUCGUUGUCGUCAAUCAAAGUACAACAGCAUAUGCCGUAACUCUUCCCCAUUCAAUAACCACGUCGUUAAGCGCUAUGUCUUUGUCGGCGGACAUCGGCUUUUGCAUUCAAUCAAUGCCAAUAAUUUUGCGCUCAUUUCAAGACAUAUUCCUCGACAUAUCAAUGCCUCCAUCGGUGGUACAGAACGAACACUUGGAGGCCAUUGUCUCUGUGUUUAACUACAGUCCCAAACGAGUGUCGGUAACUGUUUAUACCUAUCGAGUGAACGGCAUCUGCUCGGAGGCCGAGACCAAUGAAGACCGGCCUAAACGACAGAUACAAGUAGACAGUAACUCAUUGAAGACUGUGUCCUAUCCGAUGGUUGCCAUCAGGAGUGGAGUAUUUGAGGUAAAGUUUGUGGCCGUUUGGUCGGGCGGUGGCGCCGAUGUGGUGGUCAAGAAUUUCGAUGUCAGACCUCCAGACCCACAGAAUAGACAGCAAAAAAUGAAAGGAAGAGUAAACACCGGGCGAAUCGAAAAUGCGAUUUUUCCCAUGAUUUCGUCACAAAUGACUGUAAUAGAUAUAACACCCGAUCCCACCCGGACUAUAGUGCCCGGCACUCAACAGUGCAUUAUUACAGGCGAGCAACUUAUGAACGGAGAACUUGUGUCGAUGAUGGACAACAUGACACUAGUUUGUACCAUUAUCACCAACAGUGGAGUCAACCGGAAGCUUUUAUUUAAUAAUACUAAUUGUAUUAUUAAACAAUCUAUGAUUUUAGACACAACAGAUGUGUCUCACUUGAUUGCGAUGACUACUGGCACAGGAAUGGCCAGACUGUCGGUCACAAUGAAGUACAAUGUGUUUGAGUCGACGGUCGAACCUCUCUGUCGGUUUGAUUUGAGUGUUUCGGCCGACGAAUGGACGGCACAGUCGGUCACAGCGACUGAAGACUUGGAUUAUUUAGAUGUGUGGACCGGUGGACAGUGGGUCACUAAAUCUACAGUUAGAAUCGCCGACACAAACAAUGAUACUCUUAAACGGAUCAAUAAUCUCAGUCCCGAACCCAUUGAGACGACUGAUACCCACAGAAGUAAAUUGGUUUUAUUGGUAAAACUGUGUGUUCAACACAUGCCCGCAAUCAAUGCUGGUCUCAAUGUUACUGAUGUCGGUAUUUUCACCGGUUUUACACCCAAUGGCCACGACUUGCGAGAGAUCGUCUCUAUGAACCAUUCGUUGGUCACCGCGUAUGAGAUAUCCGACAGAAAUAUCUUGUUUUAUAUGCAAAAUGUAUCGUUCAUUCGGGUGCAUCACGUGACAAACACUCCGGCAGCGUUUGUUAGAAUAUAUGAGUAUAACAAUCUGGGCGAUUCUUGUAUUCGACUGUUUACACCCGUUGGGCGUAAGACCCAUGGGAUCGAUACGGUGUGUGACAACAGUACCCAACUGUGCGAUUGUGUUCAGCGGUCUAACUGUCCGUCGGCUAAACGUUUGCUGGAAAUGGGUUUAAUAGCGGAGAUGAGGGUCGAGAGGGCCCGACAAUUGUUUGAUAAAAUGGUCUGUUCGCCCAGAUUUACCCGAGUCUUCACCGCCACUAUUAGCGGACGUAAUGUCACCGAAAGUGGUCUCAAGUUAUUGUCGGUUAGAGUUAAACAUCUCUUCAGAGACACCAAAGACUUGUACUGAAUAUAAACGACGAGUGCUCUCACGUGACCGCCGAUGACGGAAACGAAAUGAUAAUUUUCGGUCACUUUAGUGGACAGUCAACUCAUUUGGACAGCACUUGUAUAGUGUAUGAUAUGAGCGAACGAAUGUCUGGAGACAAAACGGGAC